AUGGAAAGAACUUGUGAAAAUUUUUCUCAAGAACGAUUUUGGUUUGAUUUAACGGCAAAACUUGAUAUUGAUGUUUUCCCUCUCAAGUCUCCCCUUGACCCUCCCGCUCCCAAGGACGAAUAUCAAGCUACGAUUGCCAAAGCUAAAGCAACUGAAUACACCAAGAAAGCUCGCCAAGCCGCCUACGUAUCUGCGGAACAAGUGCAAAAAACAAGAAGAAGAUUGGGUAAAACGGCCAUCUCGAUCAUUAAAACUGACAGAAGAGUCAAAAGAAGAUAUUCUCCUUACAUUUCCUCCCCAUUAAAUGAUAGUGACAAACAAGUCCAGGAGGUAGCGGGUAAAAUUAGUAAGGCUUACGUAAAUCAAGGUCAACGAUCUGCAUUGACCAACAACAACCCUUACUAUAAUGACGAAUAUGAAAAAUAUGCUUUGGGUCAACAAGAGGAGGAGCCUGUUGAUGCCGGAAAUGAUGGGGUCAC